GCCGAUGUGGGACUUUCAUCAUCCAAUAUAGUUCUCCUCUUCAACCAAUAUGAGAUCUCACAAUAAAAUUUUGGACGAUUUUUCGAUUUAUACCCUUGCAAGGAUAAUACGUCACCCAUAAGUUUAAAAGGGAAUAUAUUAUAAAAGUAUAUGGUAUAUGGUAAGAAGUUAGGUUAAGGUAGUUUAGAAUAAGAAUUUUGAAUUCAAAUUUAGAAGUUUUGCCAAAAUAUUUAGUUUGGUGAACAGGACAUAGACAAGAAGAACAUCCUUGUCGUUCAAACCCUGAGGAACAUGAUAAUGGGUUCAAUCUUGAUGGCCACCACCUCGAUUCUCCUCUGCGCCGGCCUCGCCGCCGUCCUCAGCAGCACCUACAGCAUCAAAAAGCCGCUGACCAACGCCGUCUACGGUGCCCACGGGGAGUUCACAGCGGCUCUGAAGUUUAUAACAAUCCUAACCAUAUUCAUCUUCUCGUUCUUCUUCCACAGUUUGUCGAUCAGGUUCAUGAACCUUGGUGGGGUUCUGAUCAGCGCCCCAUUGCAGCCCUUGUCCGUGCUGACAGAGCAGCAUUUGGUCGACAUUUUGGAGAAAGGCUGUGUUUUGAACACCAUUGGAAAUAGACUCUUCUAUUCAGCUCUCCCAUUGGUGCUUUGGAUUUGUGGGCCGUUGCUGGUUUUCUUGUGCUUUGGGGUUAUGCUGUUUGUGCUUUAUAAUCUUGACUUUGUGUGUAACAAGAGGAUUAAUGGGAAGAUGAAUGAGUGAGCUAGCACAAUAUCUUAACCAAUUAACUUGUGUAGAGACUAAAAUUGAUGUAUGAGUCUUUAACAUA